AUGUCUGAAGGUGGGGAUUGGCAUUUCCAGCUUUUCGAUUGCUUUGCAGCUCCAUUAAAUUGCAUAUGGGCUUGCUGCGUACCAUGUGGAAUCUGCUGUCAACAAGCUACCACAACUAAACUUAUAAUAGACCAAGAAGAAAAUGCGCCUACAUUUGCUUUUUUAUUCGCAUGUUUGGGGUGCUGUUUUGGAGUAGCUUAUAAUCGCCAAAGAAUUAGAAAAACUUUGGGGAUAGGAGGGUCUUAUUUAAUUGACUGCAUUCUUGCUUUUUUUUUACCUUGCUGCACAAUGGUGAGAGAGUGGAGAGAAGUGAUGACUGUUAAAGGACUAAAAGAAGAUGAAUUUGUGUGGAAAGCUUGGAAGGGGUACUCCGCAAUUUAA